GGAAGCGACGGCGGCAGUGAGGGAAAUCGGCCGCUGUCAAUGCAGGCGGCUCGGCACGUCGUGUGCGCCGUCUCCGGCGGCGUGGACAGCGCGGUGGCAGCGCUGCUGCUGAGGCGGAGAGGUUACCGGGUGACAGGGGUGUUUAUGAAGAACUGGGACUCCCUGGACGAGCGCGGCGUUUGCACUGCCGACAGAGACUGCGAGGAUGCCUACAGAGUGUGCCGGAUCCUGGACAUCCCCUUCCGCCAGGUGUCCUACGUGAAGGAGUACUGGAAUGACGUGUUCAGUGAUUUUUUAAAUGAAUAUGAAAAAGGAAGAACCCCUAAUCCUGACAUAGUCUGCAACAAGCAUAUCAAAUUCCGCUGUUUUUUUAAUUAUGCUGUGGAUAACCUUGGCGCAGAUGCGGUGGCGACAGGUCACUAUGCAAGAACGUCCCUGGAGGAUGAAGAGGUGUUCCAGCAGAAGCACAUCAAGAGGCCGGAAGGGCUCUUCAGAAACCGGUUUGAAGUUAGGAACGCGGUAAAACUCCUCCAGGCAGCUGACAGCUUUAAAGACCAGACCUUCUUUCUCAGCCAGGUUCCCCAGGAGGCGCUCAGGAGAACCCUCUUUCCCCUGGGGGAGCUAACGAAAGAUUUCGUAAAGAAAAUAGCUGCUGAGAACAGACUUCAUCACGUGCUUCAGAAGAAGGAGAGCAUGGGCAUCUGUUUUAUUGGUAAAAGGAACUUUGAAAAUUUCAUCCUUGAGUAUUUACAGCCUCGACCUGGUCGGUUUAUUUCUAUAGAAGACAACAAGGUUCUGGGGACACAUAAAGGCUGGUUCCUGUACACUUUGGGCCAAAGAGCCAACAUAGGAGGCUUACGGGAGCCCUGGUACGUGGUGGAGAAGGAUGGUGCCAAGGGCGACGUGCUUGUGGCCCCCCGGACAGACCACCCGGCCCUGUACAGGGACCUGCUGCGGACUGGCCGUGUUCACUGGAUCGCAGAGGAGCCGCCUGCUGCCCUGGUCCGCGACAAGAUGAUGGAGUGUCACUUCCGCUUCCGCCACCAGAUGGCGCUAGUGCCCUGCGUGCUGACCCUCAACCAGGACGGCACCGUGUGGGUGACAGCUGUGAAGGCUGUGCGCGCGCUCGCCCCAGGACAGUUCGCCGUGUUCUACAAAGGGGACGAGUGCCUGGGCAGCGGGAAGAUCCUACGUCUGGGGCCGUCCGCCUACACACUGCAAAAGGGCCAGAGGACAUCCAGCAUGGCCACGGAGGGCUCCAGUGACAGCCCGGGCCUGGGGCCUGCACCCUGACGGAGGCGGAGCGGCUGCUGCGGAGCUUGCGGGAGGAGGGGUGGGGGAGCGGAGC